UCCGUUUCUUAUUCAGAUAUUUCGUGGUUGCCCGGAUAUUGUAAACAAACUUGUUGCUGCUAAAUAUUUUUAUUAUUUUUCUUCGGUAAAGAUGUCCUCCGACUUAGUAGCAACCUGGAACCUGAGUCUGCCUGAUGGUAAACACAAAGUGGAGUUUGAACACGGAACCACUUCUGGAAAACGAGUGAUUAUCGUAGAUGGCAAAGAAAUUCACAGAGAAGAUUGGAUGUUUAAACUCGUUGGGAAAGAACACUUUAGUGUUGGAAAAGCAAAGUGUACAAUAUCAAUAGAUGCUUGUUCAGGCUUUGCCUACGAAUACACAUUGUCAGUAAAUGGCAAAUCACUGGAGAAGUUCAGUGAAAAUCAGAGUAAAAUAAUGAACUGUUGGUGUUUUACACUUGGAUCAAAGAGCAGUACACCAUUUAGGGUAGUUUUAGAAAAAAAUACACUUGAUGUAUGGGUAAAUGGAAAGAAAAUGGAACAGUUCGUAAGUAUUUGUUAAAACUAUUUUUGAAUUAAAUUCUUUGUUUCUAAUUAUACUGCAGUAUUACAUUUGUCACAAACUGAAUAAUUAUAUUUUGUAUAAUUCUUUAAAGCUUCUUGCCCACACUGUGGGUGAAAAUUUUUCCUCAUGUCAGGGGUUUAGGUCCAUUUUUUUUGGAGAAGUCACUUCUCGCUCCAGCUGAUUUAGGGAGACUUUAGGGACUUUUCCUACCUCAGUGCUGUUUAGUGAUACAAAAAGUGGAUGUAAUUUUCUUGUUUCUAUAUAAAAAACUUUGAAGUGACCAUUCAUUUUCUUAGUGAGGUCAUUUCUCAUACAGCAGUUAUUGUUUCAUUACAAUAUUCUGAAAAACAGACGUUUUCAAAAUUCAAGCCAAUGCUGUUAAUUUAACCUGCAGAUUUUUGAUGAUAUCUGUAUGAAGUAUUUAUUAUUAACACCGAGUCAUCACCUUGGUGAACAAUAUCUCACUCAAAUAAAACUGAAAGUAAACUGUUCAAACUAGAAAUACAUAUUCAAAUCAAUUCAUCAAUGGAAGUCAAUUUAACGUAGUUAAUACAUUACAUGUCAUUCUUUUACCAUAGAUAACAAAUAAUUGUGUACAAUAUUCCAAUUAAUCGCAUGGUUAAUCAGCAAUUUAUUUAUAAAACAUUGUUUUUUGCACUCGAACAUGUUGACAAUAAAACGCAAAAUGUCAAAGACGAAACUAUGGAGCUAACUGGCUAAACACAACCGACACUGGUGUGUCGGAUAAUUUGAUUCGCUUUCACACUUCUCGGGAAAAUCGUGCAAGUACCUGAAGUAGGCGGAGCUUAAAUUAUGCUAUCAGCGUGUGUCUCUGUACUCAUUUUGACACCAUGCAAAUUGUCAACAGUCCGGGUAGCGGUAAUUAGCGAAUGCGGAUAUCAAAGAAAAUCGGGCGACUUGCAUUUCACUUUGAUGUUAGUUUUGAGUGAAGUUUGAAGUUCCAGAGCGCCUAUUUUGCUCAAGUUGCCCACUCGCGAGAGACCUGCAUGUUCAUUUCCCCAAAGUUGAGCAUAGAAUAUAUACAUGACUCUGAAAAUUGAUAAAGUGUGUGAAAAUAAAUGUUAGAUAUUGGUAAAAAUGUAAGAAUGUAAAUUUUUAUGCAAUAUUUCAAAAAUGGUUUACUACAUUAUGCACAAUAUUUUUGUUUAUUUGUAAAUAAGAAUAUCAUGCAAAAGUCUUAUGUCAGAAAGUUUGUACCACUAGGCACUUUCAGAAGUAUUUUUAGUCCUAACACUUUUGCCAACAACCACAUUGGAACAGACAUUAUCAAAGUUUUCGAUCAAUAGGAGUCUUCUGUAUUGCCAAUGCAAUACUUGGUCACUUGUUUGUCAGAUCUUUGGUAUUUUGGGGUUGAAAUUCAUUUUCUUGAAGUUAUUGACCCUUAAAAGUUCUAAUCUGUCUUUAGAUAGGUAGUAUUUCUAUUUUUAGCUUGACUAUCUGAAGAAUAAGUAGAGCUAUCCUACUCACCACGAUGUCUGCGUCACACCUUGGUUAAGUUUUUCGUACCAGUCCACAUUUUGACAAAGUCUUUUGAGAUAAAGCUUUAAAACUUUGCACAUGUUUACCAUCGCCAUUUCCAGUCAUAGGCAAGAGUACAUAACUCCAUCAAGGAUGUUGGCUGAAUUAUGGCCCCUUUUGACUUAGAAAUCUUGGUUAAGUUUUUCGUACCAGUUCAUAUUUUGACAAAGUCUUUUAAGAUAAAGCUUUGAAACUUUCAACACUUGUUAACCAUCACCAU